UUAGAUGAUGGGUCCCUCCCCCACCAAAUCCACCACCUAUGACAGAGGAAGAGAAGCAAGAAGCUGCUAUAUAUCGUGUGAACAAUCCUCCCAAAUAUCAUUGCGGUGUUCGUGCCAAACUUCAAAGGCCUAAUGUUGGUGUCCCUCCAAAGUUCACUCCCUUUUUUAGAUGCUCGCUAAAGACUAGAGAUGGAUGGCCGGCAUGUGACUUCAAUGAGUAUAUUUAUGGUCCUAGAUCUCAUUGGCCGACAGAAGAGGAAGUGCGAGAAUUUGAGAGUGGGAAGAAGCCAUGGCCAUGUACAACUACUCCUAGUCUUCGAUGCAAGUGUGGUAUUUUGCCCACAAAAGGCGUAGUUCCUUCUGAGCUUGGCUACGGAUAUUACUGUGGCAAUAGCUACGGAGAGUAUUGGGAGGGAAGGACAUGUGAUUGGGAGUGGUUCGAAGGCCGGUAUGAGCUAAUGUUGCAAUUGGGCAGAACAAAAGAGCCUUGAAAAUCUGGAGACACUUUAAAUAGAAAACUGAAGAUAAGGAAGGAUUACCAAG